UCAAAUAUUAACAAGAAUAAAAUGAUAACUAGGGACACUCAGGUAAUGUUUUUUCUAGAUUCUAAACGCAUCAGCUUAAUUUGAUAUGGACAAAGAGAAACUUAAUUCUUUCUGAUAGUGAUGAACAUUUAUAAUGAUAUGGUGAUAUGGACCAUUUUUCCCGGCACGUCUUUCUAUGUCUGGCCGCUCGAUGGCAGCAUACUCUCUUCUCAAAUGCUGAAGCUGAAGCUGAACUUGCAAGUUUGCAUCAUUUCGUGGUUUCUAUGGUCUCUUUAAUUAUUAGCUUCAAUUUGCUUUAGUAAUCGACACUUAUAUUUCCGUAAAUGUAAUGUUCCAAAGUUCCAACAUGAUAGUCCACGUAUACUUUAUAUUCGAAACUUCGUUGAAUGUUUAUCUGGUUACUCCGUAGCAUCAAAACGAUUCAUGUCAAUGUAAUACACACUCGUUUCUUUUGUUUAUGUCAUUAUCCAAGCAAGAUGAGUUCCAGUACUCUUACUGCAAGAGCAGAGGAAUAUUUCUACAAUAUAAAUUCUAUAGCUCAGAAAAUCGGCGAGGAUAUAAUCGCGACGAAAGAUGCUUAUGAAGGCCUGUGGAACACCUUGAACACUGCGGAGCGCAAUCAAGCCAUCAAUGAGACGAUAAUUCAGCCUGAGGUAGCUCUGAAGUAUACCUCGAAGAAGUUCGAGUUAAGCAGGGAGUUACCUGAGUGGUAUCCAAAGCUGCGUAUACAAACUGGAAUGAAAUAUGUCAUAGAUGAAACUGGUUCAACGUUACGAUGGCGAGAUGAGCACUCUGCGCCAUUUUCAUUUAUGACUCAAUCGCAGAUGAAUCUAAGCCUGAUAGAUUCCAACGAAGAUGUGACAUCCAGAUCGAUGAGGACUCACUUCGGCGAAUUACCACAUUUUUCUAGUCCCGCGAGGGCACAGAGGAACAAUUCUUUAUUAAAUGAUAAUUACAGCCCCACGCAUCAAGUCGAUUGUUAUUCAUCAGAUUGUUAUGCCAGCGAUCUAUUUGAGAGCGAUCAGUGCAGCGACUUACUAACAAACGAAAUCGACGAACAUUCAGACAGUAUAUUUGCUAAAUUGAUCAACAAGACUUCUUUAUUGAAAUUACAAGGCAAUGUCGAGGACGACCUAGAGAGUUUGGUAAGAGACUCCGAUACAGACAAAAGCCAAUCUAAUACCUUAGUAGUGACGUCGCGAACGAAAUCGAGCGAAAUAAAUGAAUCAACGGCUCUGUUGGAGACGCCCAGCUCCUACAGUAGUUUUCAGUCAUCCCAAUUGAACCAAGAGGAGGAAGAGAGAAGUAUACCAAAGACUGGAUUUGAGUUCCUUGAUAAUUGGUAAACUCAUUCCAUUGUGAAAAAAUUCAAUUUUUUAAUGCUUUUCUACAUAUAAACGAUAUUUCUAUAAUAAUCUAAGAAUGUAUCUUGCGUAUAUGAAAAUGUUCGAAUAAUGCAUUUAAUUACUCGAUUGCUAUAUAUUAUAUAAAAUUAUGCAUGCAUGUGUUUUAUGUAAAAACUGAGUGUAUUUAUGCGUGCAAAGACAGAAUAUUUUUUACAGUAUAGUUCUUAAAAAGAUUCUUUAUGUCUACAUUUUAUAAUGUCUUUUCUUAUUUAUAUUAUAUUCUACUGGAUAUCACUUAUAUAAUAGAUGAUUCAAAGAAUUAAAUAAUGAAGACUGAAAACAAAUAAUUUCCAAAGAAUUUCCAAAGAAGAAAGAAGUUUGUAGAAGAUGUAAUUUUAGAUCUCGAGAUAUGAUAUCAUGUAUCUUUUAAAUAUCAAAUAAUAUAUAACCAUUUUAGAUUUGUUACCUUUUUUAUAGCAUUGUAUUUUAUAAUAUAAAAAAAUAUACACAUUGUAUAUGAACUAAUAAAUGAGCUUAGUGCAUUUUGCAAGUAU